AUGACCGGCCGCCACAAUGUUCCCCAUGGCGUGAUAAUCAACACACACGUUCAAUGUCUGGAGGGUAGCGGACCUUUCCAUGAUAUCCCAGACGUCGUGUAUGACAAUAUGCAAUACUCGGUUUAUGACUAUCAAAAAUAUCCCAAUUUGAGUCCAGUAGGAUUUGCCUUGGAGUAUUUCACCCCGCACAAGCGAACUAAAUCGAUAACCAAGGCCCUUGAAAAUUUGAUGGUACUAUACGGGGCAACAAAUGCUGGCUUGCGGAGUUGGGGUGAGGCAAGGAGCAAUGAUGUCAAGAAAAUCAAAGGUCCCUCUUUCUAUCUCGCCUUUCAACAUGCCAUAUCAAUUGAGAAUUUAGAAUUGGCGGCAGAUCAGCUCAAAAAGGUAUUGAAGAACUGUGUGGAUUGCAAACAUGGAGAAAGAGAGCGGGUGAUCAAGAUUGCUCGCCAAAAUAAUGUCAAAGUACCCGAGUCCCUUGAGUCCGACUCCCAGUCCCAGUCCCUUCACUCCCAGUCCUCCCUUAUCGACUCUCAAUGA